AUGGCUGUGAAAAAUGAUAUUGAGUAUGAUGGUACUGUAAAGGAUAAAAAUAAAACACCUACGCUUGCAAAGAUGAAUAAGAUGAGUGAUCUUGCCAAAUUGAAUCAAAAUGGGAUUCUAUGA